AUAUGAAAGUUGGCAUUGCUGGAAAGUGACAUCUGCUUCAUCAUGUGCACUGUGUAAAUUGUAGAUUGACAGUCUGUGUCCUUGUAACUUUAAAUUUUGGUGAAGAGCUCAGACUAUAUAAACAGUAGCAGAAGACGAUUUUGGUCUGCAUUUAUCAUCGAUAAUUUUUACAUUUGAGGGAUUAUAAAGGUUGUGGAAGAUAUUGCUCUUUCUGGUAACCCGUCAGUGGAACUGUGUUUGACAUGAAUAUAGAUAUGAAGGAGGUUCUAUCAUUGUGAAGUGUAGAUGAAGUUUAAUGGCUUAUACUAGUUUGCAGUAUGUGUUGUGUGCCAUAUUAUUUUCGUAUGUUAGCAGCGACCCAUCGCAGUUUGGUUUAUUGGUGCAAGAAAAUUUAAGAUGCAGCCAAGACAAGAUUAUAAAUGGUGUGGAAAGCUGCAAGAAUCGUCUUGAAUGUUUUGCCAGUUCUACCUCAAAUUUCACACAGUGUGCAAUAAGACAUGCUCGUCCAAUUAGAUUGUGUGAAAGAUGUGUUGGUUAUUAUAUGGAUGUACUGAAAGCCCAUGAAGAUAUUUUGAAGGCUCAUGAUGAAGGUGGACAUGCUUGUAAAAUGGAACUUGUGAAUUUGGAUCGCCUUCAAGUAAUUGAAGGUGCUUUUAAUUAUGUUCACAAUCUCUGGCAAAGAGGUCAAUGCAAUAGUUGUUUUGUUGCAAAUGAUAAUGGAACAUUAACACCGCAACUUUCAAACAUUACUACUAAAUUUCAACAACUCUACAGUGACACUCAGAACUGUUUCAAUACAUUUUAUAAUGUGACCAGUAAGAAAUAUGACCCAGCAAUAUGUGCUAAUUGUACAGACAAAUAUUGCUCUCUUAAUAAGUACUAUGAAGCUCUGAAAGCUGAUACAGGCGAAGGAAUCGUGUGCAUGGAUAUUGUGGAUGCGAUGAAUUCGACUAGAACAAAAUGGAGUAAAGUUCUUGGUUGCCACAUACCAGAACCAAAAGCUGAAAUACUCCUUAUAAUAUCAGUAGUUCUUACAUCUAUUGCUCCUGUCAUAUUUUAUGUGGCAGCAAAACGAUAUUCAGGAAAAGCUGAAAGUAGGUUGCUAAAACAGAGAAGGCUGUCAUUGCAGUUUAACGGCCCUUCAGCUAGUGGGUCUUGACACAUAUUUUAACUACGUGAACAGAAGAAAUUCUUAGUCAGAUCUGUGAUAUAUGUGUAUAUAUAUAUAUAUAUGUAUGUGUGUGUGUGUGUAUAUAUAUAUAUAUACACACACACACACAAACACCAUUUAUAUUAAUAUAAUAUGUAAUUUAUGGUAGUUAAAGAUGUAAAAUUUCAUUACUGAAGACUGUUGUAGAAUCCACAGGAAAUGGAAAGCAUACAGUUAUGUAAUAGAUAUAAGUUGAUUAAGAAAAUAAUUACUGUUUGGACAAUGUUUCAUAUUCAUCUGCAUUUCACUUUGUCUCUAUAACAGUGGUCUGCCUGCCUGCCUUAACAACUGUAAUCUGUAAUUAUAAAAAGAACUUUAAAGAGGUAUUUAAAAAAUUAAUGUGAAACAAGAAGUGAAUUUAUAAGCUUACGAAAUGCCAUGUGUUGUGCAGGAUGGCUAAAAGGAAAUUCAUCAGUUUUGAGUGCUACUUGAGAAACAAGUCUAGCUUCAGAAUACGUAGUCAACGGGAAGCUCUAAAUUUAUUGUUUGCAAGUUUGGUGGUGCCCUUUUAUGCCUACUUCUAGAAUGAGAGACACACUUGUAAUUUAAUGUGAAUGACAUAAGAUCUUCUCACAGUUGGCUAAUAAAAUCAUGAUAAAAGUUUUGAUGCAGAGAUGCAGCUCUCAUUUGGGGAACAAAGACCAAACUGACACCUUGGAUCUGAAAUGAUGAAAUUUGUCUGUUAUACUUACAUAUUUACUAAACAUGUUCUUAAACACAACCCUCCAGUUUUUUCUUUAUCUGUGUUAUUCAUAUAUUAGUCACUGACAAGAAUUGAAUUUCACUGAAGUGGAACAGCUUGAGUAUUAACCCAAACAUAACACAGUAAUGUAUGGCCUGACUUUAGCAAGUAGGUCCAUUUUAGGCAACUAACUGGGUCACACAUUUUAUUAGAUAUAAAACUUGAUAAUGCAUAAUAAUAUAAAAGGAACUGAUAUAAAUCAUAUUGGUUUUUUAUAUGUAGAGCAAAUAUUUCAUACCAAGUCAUUAUUAGCAUAAAAUAGUAUUUUUUGUUUAUAAUUUUUAUGUGAUAUGAAGUGUGACAUCAUGUGGUAAAAUAUGAAAAAAGCAAGCAAUAUAAUGUUACAGAGGAUAAAACUAGAAAGCCUUCUAAUUGGAAGGACAAAGACAGUUAAGGUUUCAAGAAGCAAAUGUUGAAAGCUUUGUAUUACUUUUACUAUUUACUGUUUGAACGUUUCUCUGUAUCUCUUCACUCCUUUAAUUUAUCAGUAAGUAGACCAAUUAUGAAAGUAGACAUCACUCACAGCUCUCAGGUUUGCCAACUGUAAUUUUUUGUAUGAAGUGGUUGAGAAUUCUGUGGUCAUUACAACUGAAAUAGUAUUAACUUUAAGGUACAUUUUAAGACAUGCAUAGUGUUCACUGCCACUAAAUUACCAAGACUAAAGAAAUUCAGUGGAUUUUUACUUUUAUUUUUCUUACUCAUCUUCCUUUCUAUUUACAUAGGUCACUGAUGGUGAAAUAUUUACAGAGUACUGGUAUGUGUUAAAAUUUUGAGGUGAUGUGUAGUAGCACUUUUAAUUUGGUUUUGCAUUCAUAACUUUUAGACAAGCUUUGUAGUUAUGGUUUUUAACUGGUUAUUUUAAUUGGUUCUGCAGCUACCUGACUAAUAGGCAGUGCUAUGUUUGUUUUUCUGGAACAUUUUCAUUGCUUUUGACUGCACUGUCUGGUGUUCCUCAGGGUUCAGUUUUGGGACCGUUGUUGUUUUUCUUUCACUAACAAUCUAUGCAGUAAUAUUACACGUAAAUUUAUUCUCGUCACUGAUGAUAUCAAAAUGUUUUGCGACAUUACCUCGACUGACAGCUACUUCUGUAGUCAGAUUUAAGCUGUGAAAAAUUGUUGUACUGCAAAUCGUCACUCACUCACUCACUCACUGUAUGGUGCAGGAUAUUUUUUGAAAAGUCAAAGUGUGCUUGCCUUGUAUUGCAGAUCAUGUGUAGAUUAAUGCUGGUAAAACAAGUCAUUUCAUUUUCCAUAAGAACCAGCAUGUUAACUAUUAACUGUUACUCGUAAUUCAGGUAUUCUAUGUACAGACUGUAUUAAGGAUCUUGUCUUUCCUUACUCAAAACUUUACUUUCAUCUGCAUAUUGAUUACUUAUUCUUUUGUACCAUAAUGCUGUUAGGCCUAAUAUGAGCUAUAAAUUUUUUCCAUUUCUUUUUAGAUAGCCUUAUGAUUCUUUAUAACAGCCUAGUUAGAUCAAAAAUUGAAUAUGCUUCUGCUACUUGGAAUUCUUUUACCACCACUGACUCCAGCAGACUUUAACAUAUCCAGAAAAAGUUUGCUAACUUAAGUCACAACAUAUUUUCUUAAAAUUCAAUUCAAUUCUUUAUUAUUUGUGUGCUGUAUCAACAGCCUGAUGGCCAAUUACAGAUACAGCACAGAGAUAAAAUCGUAAUGGAUAUAAUUCUACUACAUUUUAGACAGCUUAAAAUUUAAAACUUUAUAUGACAGACAAAAUUGCUUUGAUAUCUUAUUCAUAAGGAAUGUUUAUAAUGGCUUUAUUACCUGCCUUUCACUUCUGGAAACGGUUGGUAUCAGAGUUCCCAAGAAAAAUUUGAGAGUCCUGAAUAAUUCCGUACCUAAUUUUCAUGCAGCAAAUGUCUGUUCAUUGCAACUUAGCUGCCAGUCAGAUUUGUAAUAGACCUAAUGUUAACAUGUUUUACAAUAAAUGUUUUAACAUAAAUCUUUAAGUGUAUUCACCAAUAAUUACUAGUUUUGGUACUUUAAGCAUUAUUAUUCACUUUGUACUACAGUGUAUUUGUGUUCUUGUAGGUAUUUUUAUCCAUGUAUUUAAUCCCCUUGUCAUGACUCGGUAAUUGGCUCAUGUUGUUGAGUCAGCAUGUUACAAUAAAGAAUUGAAUUAUUGAAAUCAUC